AUGUGGCCAUUCAGCUCGUCAUCAGCACCAUCAUCAGCAGCGGCUUCGGCGGACAAAUGCCCGGUCGAUGAGGAAACACGCCUGGCAUGGCUCAAGGCGAACCCGGGCAAGGCACACCCGUUCCAGCCGGAUCCUUCACCUCAACAACAGCAGCAGCCACAGCAAGCAGGACCAUCACGCCGUACAUCCCGGUACGACAAUGAAGAAGCACGGCUGUCAAGCGAACGUGAGAUCUCGUCGAUACCACGCAGCUAUUCCGCCUUGGCGCACCCGACCGCCGCCCAAGCAGCGCACCCGGCCUCGACACCGUCGCCCACGGACGGCGAGGACUCGGACGGCAAGUGGGUAUACCCUUCCGCCAAACAGUUCUACAACGCGAUGAAGCGCAAGAACCAAAACCCGCAGGUGGCGGAUAUGGACGUGGUGGUGCCCAUCCACAAUGCGGUUAACGAGCAGGCGUGGAAGCAGAUCUUGGCGUGGGAGCGCAUGUGGACGGGUCGGGAGCAGGGUAAAGAGCAGACCAAGCUUGUCUCUUUCAAGGGCAGACCACGCGAUGUGACGUGGCGUGCGUGGAUGAACGGGCUGGCAGGGUAUCAGCCCCCCUUUGACCGACACGAUUGGACUGUGGAACGGCCGACGGGAGAGCAGGUGCGGUACAUCAUCGAUUUCUACACGGGUCGAGCGCAGGCUUCGUCGACAGCACCAUCAGCACCAGCGGGUGCCCCGAGCAUUGCAGACCAGUUUGGCGCAGCAGGGCAACAACAACAACAACAGCAGCAGCAGCAGAGGACAGGGUUGAGCUUCUACCUCGACGUACGACCGGCGCCUUCGACGGUGGAAGGAUUGGCCAUGCGGUCGACAAGGGUAUGGAACAAGUACUUUGGCGAGCCUGGGUCUGCUCCUCAUUAG